AUGUCUCACUGGUAUACAUUUGCUUCUCUUCUACUUGCUGCUUGGUUUUGGGAAAGCCACGAAGCCAAGCCUCCUAAAUGUACCUCUCUGAAAGAGUUUGCUUUGGAUGAAAAAAUCAAGAAUAAAUUAUCAUCACUGAUCACUGCUCAACUUCCCCAUUUGAAAUAUAAAUGCUACAAUGAGUUGAUAGCAGCACUGGUUUUGGACGAUCCUGAUUUGCGAUACGAGUGGAUUCAGAAACAAAACAUGUUCCCUCUUAUCGGUGACAGUCCAGAAAAAAUGGAUGUAAUGGAUGCAGUGAAUGCAGCAAUGAAAGCAUGGAAAGAGUACAUUCAUAGGAUCGGGAAGAAAACAGAAUUCGGAUGUGGCUAUGCAAAGAGAGAUGGCUUUCAUCGAUUUUUCUGUAUUCUUAAGUGA